GUGAAAAGCCUUUUGUGAAACUUGGAUUUAAAUUAAAGCUAUUGGAAAAGAAUUAUUUUACACAAUGCAUUCCCUAGACACAUGCUAACCACAAAAUAAUUACGAUAAGAUAACAGUAAGUAGCCGUGUCCCGAUAAUUCUGUCAAUGCAUCUAAAGAGCGUCGAUACAUCGACAUGUUCUCUUAAAAUCUAUUUUCAAUAGUAUAAUGUAAAAGAUCCGCCUAGUGAUACGUCAAUUCAGUGCUAAAGUAAAAUGCCCGUGAGAACUUUCUGAAUGGAUUUCAAUGGACAACAAGAAAGCGCUGGGUGGCGCUGGUCACUACUUAUAUCAGCUAUAUUCUUGAACAUAUGUUUGUCGAGCUUAGUACUAUCUUAUGGCGUCUUGUGGGUGCACAGUUUGUCCAGUUUCGAAGGACCAAUAUGGCUUGGUCUCAUCACACCAUCUAUUUUUAUGGUUACUUAUAACCUUACACAAUGCUGGUUCAGGGAAGCCGCCGACUCUUGGGGCGGAUCCGUAGGCUAUCGAGUGAUGGCAACUAUUGGUCUCUUGCUUGUAGUCUCUGCUCUUCUUAUCUGCGCUUACAUACCUUAUGAACUGCAGUCAAUUGUCUAUGGAAUUUUUUGCGGUUUAGGUUUCUCGCUUAUAUCAGCGCAAAUGGAUGCAAUUAUAUUUGAAACUUACGACUCUCACGUAGUAGCCGUUCGGGGGCUAUGCUAUUGCGGUCAAGCAAUUGGACUGUCAAUAUUUCCCCACAUACUAACAGCCUUAAUUGAUACCUAUAGCUAUUCCCUUUCACAUAUUGUGAUAGCAGGCAUCAUGCUACAAUCGCUGGUAGCAAUCAUGUAUCUGAAUAUAGACGAAAACAUUAGACGGCCCGCGUCUUUCUCUCGAUAUAAAGACCUAUCUCAAUCAUAUAUGGUAUACAGAAAUGAAGUCAUGGAAAGCACUUAUGGAACCGAACUGCAGUUACACAACCUAAACGAUAAAAGUUGGAAAAGUCCUUCAGAUGAUCAGUUGCAUAAGGUCGGAGAGAUUUGCGAUGAUGGUUACGUCUCGGAGACUGUAACACCUCCUCCUAGUCCUGAAGAGAAACGACGGAAUAUAUUCGGCGUUGAUAUUCUUCCACAAAUACCUGAAGAAAGCGAGGAGGAAAGCGAGGAACAAUACACUAAAGACACCAACAAUAUGAGACGUCUUAGUGUAGCCAUUAAAAGACUGAGCACUUUAGGAGAUAAUAUUGACGGGUGUAUAACAAAUCAAGUGAGGCGAGAUUCACAGCCAGAGGAUAGCAAUAAAUCAUUUGUAGAAUUCUUAGAAGUAAAAUACGAAACUGUGACACCAAUAACAGAUAUACGGACGGAGAGGUUACUGAAUUCAUUUAGUUUUCGAUGCCAAUCAGCGUAUUUAAAUGCGAGAAGAAAGAUUUGGUUGCCGUCAUAUAAAAUGUACAGAAUAAGACGGAGGUUCACGUAUCUUAUGUAUAGUGUAAUCGAUACAUUCGUUAAACCAUUAACAAGAUCUCUAACGUGUGGGAAAUUUUAUCCAGCGUUACUUUUAAGUUUCUCUAGAUUAAGUUUAUUAUCAAUAUCGUUAGUGUUGUUGCCAAUGUUGGCGUCAGAGGUGGAGCCGAAGAUUUCGGUUCUGGAAAUGAACUUUUUGAUGUCUCUUCAUGGGUUUACGUGGUUAUGUUUUUUGAUCUGCACUCCGUGGUUGGCGCAGACGCCUAAAAGGAAUUAUAAAUAUAUAGUAGUGCUGGGUCUGCUCAUAUCUACAGCAUCAGCGUUUCUUCUGGCAGCAGACAACAACCACGAUUCAUACUCUAUUGGCUGCAUCGUCGCCGGUUUUGGUUUCGGCGCUGUAACGUCAUGUUGGGAAGGGGCAAUCCAGGAUUAUGUUGGCGCCCGUAAAUGGCCUAAACUCCACAGCGCCCUAGAAACCAUCUCCGCAUUUAUGUUAGCUGUAUUUCUCUUAGCGCUGGUGUUUUUAAUAGACGUGGAGAAAGGAUUGAAACUUGUCAUGUUUAUAUUGGGUAUUAUUUUUGCUGUGAUAACGAUGGUUUGGUUCGCCAUUGCGUGUGUAGCGAUAUACUUCACUAAAGUAAGGACAAUUAGUUUACUUUCAAACUCAUAAUAUAAAAAUGUACCUAUAGAUAACGUCUAUAAUUUUAGAGAUUGUUUAUGAGAUUAAGUUGGCUGGAUCACAUGAAUCGCUGAACAAAAUGUAGGUUUCAUAUGCAUUUAAAAAGUAAACUAAUAUUUUAAAAAAGCAUUGUUGGCCUAGUGGCUUCAGCGUGUGACUCAUCUCUGAGGUCGUAGGCUGCAUCUGUGGCUGUGAGGAAUCGUGAGGAGACAUGCCUUGGACCCAAGAAGUCGUCCAUAUGUAUCAGGCACAGGAAACUGAUCGCCUACUUGACUAUUACAAAUACAAAUGAAACAGAUUUAGAAAUCUGAGGCCCAGACCUAGAAGGUUGUAUCACCACUGUGUUUAUUGUACCUUGAUGAAGAAAUUGGUUAAUAUAUGAAAAGAUGUAUAUAAUUUAAUGUAUGAAUACUGUUUAUUUAAGAAAUUAUAUAAAAUUCU